AAACCCUAUCCUUCGUUUUUCUUAUCAUCCAAACAGACGAUUAAGAAAAUGGAGGAAAAUGGCAGUAGAGCUGAAGCCCUACGCCUUCUAGGGAUGGCCGAGAAGCUUCUCCAAAACCGUGAUUUCAACGGCUCAAGGGACUUCGCAAUCUUAGCCCAAGAGACCGAACCCUUAUUGGAAGGUUCGGAUCGGAUCCUAGCGGUCGCCGACGUCCUCCUAGCCGCCGAGAAAAAAAUAAACAACCACCACGAGUGGUACUCUAUAUUGCAACUGGAUCGCCGGUCUGAAGAAAACGAUUUCAUCAAGAAACAGUAUCGUCACCUAGCUCUCCUUCUCCACCCCGACAAAAACAAGUUCCCUUUUGCCGAUCACGCGUUUAAGAUCGUAGCCGAUGCAUGGGCCGUUUUAUCGAACGCCUCGAAAAAAUCUCAAUGCGAUAAAAAUUUUGGAUUUUUCACGAGGAUUGACUUCAGCAGCUCCGGCGAUCCUUCAAAUCAGUCAGGGAAAUUACCGGUCACCAGAAGAGGACAAAAUCAUGACGGUAUGCAACGGCGGUUGACGGGUUCUACGAUCCAUAAUGAAACUUAGAUGCAGAA